AUGGUGGUGGCCAUGGCGGCCACGGGUGCCUUCGGACACGGGACCGAGGAAGCGGCGGCGCCCGACGAGUUGCCGACGCUGCACGUGGCCACCCAUACCGGAUGGGCCGCCCUCAUUGGUACCGGCCAGCAACGAUCGCCGGUCUACCAGGAGCUGGAGCGGCUCAGCGGCGUGCACAUCGAGUGGGAGAACAUCCAGGUGGCCAACUACGCGGAAGUGAUGCGCGCGCGGCUGGCGGCCGCCGUGAAUCUGCCGGACGUGAUCAACAUGUCGCUGUUGGGCGACAUCGGCCAGCACGGCCGCGACGGGCUGAUCAUCCCGCUCAACGAUCUGCUGGAGGAGUACGCGCCCAACAUCAACAGUGGGGCCGUUGUGGAACCGGCCGUGGCUGGACGCGGUAGGCAUCUCGAGAUGCCGGAGACCCAGGCCGACAUGAUGACGGCGCUGCGCCUGUUCCGCGACUCCGAUCCGAACGGCAACGGCGAGAACGACGAGAUUCUUAUCGUGCCUGCCGCCGGGCGCGGCUACCUGCGGUAUCUGGGCAACCUCUACGGGUUCGAGUACUCCAUCGUCUCCGAGUACCUGGUCGACGACGGUCAGGUCUCCUGGAUCUUUCAGAGCCCGCGCAUGAAGGAGUACCUCACCUGGUUGAACGAGCUCUACACGGAGGGGCUGCUCGACAAGGCGUACGCCACCGACAGUUGGACGGAGACCCUGGAGAAGGUCACCAACGAUCGGGUCGGGCUGAUCACCUGUUGGACGACCUUCGCCAGGAUCUACUCGGGCGCCCACCCGGCCGGCAAGCCCGACGGGUCGAUCCCGAUGUUCGAGAACGGUCCGCCCAUUGAAGGUCCGUACGGCGACAAGUUCUUCGUGAAGCGCGAGAUUUACGGCGGCGACCAGAUGGGGAUCACGAAGGAUGCCAAGCAGCCGGAAGUGGCCAUGCACUGGAUCGACUUCAUCCGCAACAGCGAGGAAGCCCUGAUGCUGCAGAACUUCGGCAUCGUGGGGACAGCUACCGGAUGGUGA